CGGUCCCCGCCCGGUCCCCGCCUGCCCCAGACUCCCGGGGCCCGCGCCGCGCGCUCUUUCUCCGACAGCUGCCCGGGGAGCCCAGUGCGCCGCGCCGCGUCCUGUCCGUCUGUCCCUUCGGGUCACCGUCUGUUGCCGCCGCGCCAUGACCACCCAGCAGAUCGUUCUCCAGGGUCCGGGACCUUGGGGCUUCCGCCUCGUGGGCGGCAAGGACUUCGAGCAGCCUCUCGCCAUUUCCCGGGUCACUCCCGGAAGCAAGGCUGCUGUAGCUAAUCUAUGUAUCGGAGACGUAAUCACAGCCAUCGAUGGGGAAAAUACCAGCAAUAUGACACACUUGGAAGCUCAGAACAAAAUCAAAGGCUGCACAGACAAUAUGACCCUCACGGUAGCCAGAUCUGAACAUAAGUUCUGGUCUCCUCUGGUGACGGAGGAAGGGAAACGCCAUCCAUACAAGAUGAAUUUGGCCUCUGAGCCCCAGGAGGUCCUGCACAUAGGAAGCGCCCACAAUCGGAGUGCCAUGCCCUUCACCGCCUCACCUGCCUCCAGCACUGCCCCCAGGGUUAUCACGAACCAGUACAACAACCCAGCUGCCCUCUACUCUUCCGAAAACAUCUCCAAAUUCAACAACGCCUUGGAGACAAAGACCGCAGCCAGCGGGGAGGAGGCGAAUGGCAGACCCUUAGACCAUUCUCAGCCUCCAAGCAGCCUCGUCAUCGACAAGGAAUCUGAAGUUUACAAGAUGCUUCAGGAGAAACAGGAGUUAAACGAGCCCCCAAAACAGUCCACGUCAUUUCUGGUUCUGCAGGAAAUCCUGGAGUCUGAGGAAAAAGGGGAUCCCAGCAAGCCCUCAGGAUUCAGAAGUGUUAAAGCUCCUGUCACCAAAGUGGCUGCAUCGAUUGGAAAUGCUCAGAAGUUGCCCAUGUGUGACAAAUGUGGCACUGGGAUUGUUGGCAUGUUUGUGAAGCUGCGGGACCGCCACCGCCACCCUGAGUGUUACGUGUGCACCGACUGCGGCACCAACCUGAAACAGAAGGGCCAUUUCUUUGUGGAGGAUCAAAUCUACUGUGAAAAGCACGCCCGGGAGCGGGUCACACCCCCCGAGGGCUACGAUGUGAUCACCGUGUUCCCCAAGUGAUCGGCAGAUGUGCAGCGACCGCUGCUCCCCAGCCAGCCUCUGCUGCAGCUUGUUCUCUGAUUGUUCCUGCCCUCUCUCUCGAAAGUUCUGUGCUUGCCUGGUUUGACCCCUGUGCAUUAAACUUGGGGCUCAUGCCUUGGUUAACUGACUACUCCGCCUGCGUGAUGCUGCUUUUACAGUUAACGGGACGCUCUUCUGUCCAGUGUCCCCUUACCAGCGUCACUGCGUAUGUUCCUCACCUCAGUUCUCUGCUGAGAUGGACGUCAGCCAAAUCUGAACCAGAUCAAAUUUGAUGCCUGACAUUGAUUUUGUUUUUACUCAAUAAAUUUACAGCCU